UCACCAUGGUUACUAGAUGUCAAUUCAUUUCAAGAAAUUGUAGAAACCAUCUCUUUCAUUUAAUAUAAGUAUAAAAGAGAUGGAAGUAUAGUAACUGUUACGUACAAGGCCGCUACUUCAGAUGUAACAUGUGCGUCCGUGUGUAGUGUCCGAGGUCUGGUGUUUAACAUUGUAAAACAUUAAGUAUGUAAUAAAAAGUCUGUUUUUCUGUGUGUUCGGAAUAUAUACCUGUGGUGUUGGUGAUGGUGUCGCCAUGGUGAUCCCGAUGUUAUAUGUAUCGGAAAAUGAUGUGUCAGUGAAGGACGGGGAGAUCAGGUGCGACGAAGCGGCAGUCGACUUCGAACGAACAGUGAGGGAGGUUGUGUUCGAAUAAAAAGUUUAACCAACCUGUCUACAAGUGUAUGAAGUGUUUAAGAUGUGAAUGAAAUGAUUGAUAGUGUCGUGUGUAGUGUCAGGAUAACGGAGUUGUGAUAUUAUUGGACGUUCAACAGUGAUGGUGUGACGUAUGAGCGAGGGAGGAGCGGUGUUGGAGGCGGCGGCGCGCGGCGACGCCGGUCGAGUGGCCAGCCUGUUGCGGGCCGGGGAAGCUCACCACACCGACGAGAAUGGGUGCAGCGCUCUUCAACGGGCAGCAGCCGAUGGGCACGUGGAGGUGGUGCGAGUGUUGUUACAACAUGGUGCGGACCCGCUGCAGAGAGAUAUUGUGCAUGGCAACACCGCCAUCCAUGAAGCUGCCUGGAAAGGUUACUCCCGUACUGUCGGCCUUCUCUCCCGGAGUGUGGGCAGUGUGGUGUGUCGCAACGCUGCCGGGUUCACACCCCUGCACCUCGCCGCACAGAACGGCCACAACCAGUCGGCCAGGGAACUGCUGCUGGCCGGCGCUAACCCGGAUAUACAAAACAAUUACGGGGACACGUCCCUCCAUACGGCUGCACGGUACGGUCACGCGGGCGUUACUCGUAUCCUUAUCUCGGCUCAGUGUCAAGUCUCGGAACAGAACAAGAACGGAGACACGGCGCUACACAUAGCAGCCGCAAUGGGGAGACGAAAACUCACACGAAUACUGCUUGAAGCGGGAUGCGAUAAAAGUAUAAAAAACCAUCAGGGAGAAACCGCGAGAGAUAUCGCAAUGAGAAAAGGCCUAGAUGAGAUUAUACACAUCCUGAACACUCCUGUAGCGAAACAAAACAAAAAGAAAGAAAAGCAUAGAGAUAAAAGCAGAGAAAGAACUAUCGACGAACCCGAUGACGGCAAGAAGAGAGAUAAAAGUAAAGAUAAAAAGAAAAGGAGCGUCCAUUUUGAAACGCCACCACAAGUGCAGUGGUCGCCCUACGGUUGCCAUUACUAUCCGGACCCGAAAUAUUUUCCGAAGCCAAAGCUUAACUCAUUACCCACCGAACCUUUGAAAAAGGGCGAACAGUAUUAUUUGGAUUUGGCUGGAAAUAUAAAAAAGGGCCCCAUCGGAGCUGGCUACACAUGCUACUGUGCACCAUUCUUCAAACACAUGGAAGAUAAACUGAACGAAGACAAAAACGAUUUGAAACGUCACAUAGAUAGAGCGCACGAAAAGUUAGAUCAGAAAGUGACUGACUUAGAAAUGAAAACACAAGGAAAGAUAUCGGAGCUGACGAGGUUUAUGGCUGCGGAAAGAGCAAUGUGUAAAGAGAGACACAAACACUUGGAGCUAUGGCUGACUAGAGGGAUGACGUACAGGGCGUCAGAGAGAGUUAAGAAGUUGGACUUCAGUCCAAAAGGAUCGUUAGAUAUACCAACCAUAAAAAGAACAAGGAGCUUAGAACUUUUAGAUGCUAAUAAUGAAGAUUGGAACAAUGUUAACCGAAUAAUAAGAGAUUUAAAUGAGAACGCGGAACAGUGUGAAACUAUUGCCAAAGAACUUGAUUACAAAGCAACAUCUAGAAGCACUGACGGUUUGGAUACACAGACGCCUUCUAGUCCAAGACGGAAGAAUAUUCUUAAAAAUUCUAGAAGCAGCGAUCAAUUAGAUGCUGGUCCAAGUAGAAGUUCGAGAUCUUCACAUUCGGCACACAUUAAUAAUAAUGAUCCCCAAGAUACUGCAGAAAAUUAUGGCAACUCAAAUAGAGUGUCCAUUUCUCAGUCUCCAGAAACCAUAUGCAACGAGAGGUUCAUGACGACUUCUCAACAACUACUGACUAACUCUUUAGACGUAAAUAAAGGACUGCCAGCGCAUGGACCACAAACUCCCGAAGGGAAUAUAGAUCACUUUGAACUCCAAAAUGAAUCAAGAUGGAAAAGCCAAGUGUUGCAAAAAACUGCAGACGACGUCCGGAAAAGAGUAAUGUUUGAAAAGGAAACUUCAAACGUGCAACGAAAUAAAAACUUAGAUAUAUCACAAGACGGAUACAUUAAAAUUACAAAUCCCGAAUAUAGAGAAGAUAAAAUUGAUAGAGAACCGCGCAAGUCAGUUUUGGAGCUCGUAGCAGAGGUCGAACAUCAACAGAAGUGUACAUCUCCAGAGAGACCACCGCUACCAAAGAAAAAGAUAGAAAAAGAGGUACCGGUGUCCUCUACACAACCUAGUCAAGUCGUGCUAAAAAUGCCACAACAACCGCUAAGACCCGCCCCAGCAUUGAAAGAAAAGCCACCGAAAUCAAAACGAUUUAGUUUACACAACCUCAUACCUUUUCCAACUAGAAAGACUUUUCAAACUCCUCCAAAACAAAACGAAAAUAAUUCAGAAAGUAGUGAUGAAGAGGACGCUCCAAUAAGAAGCAUCAAUCAACCAGGGCCCAUGAAGAACACAAAUCUUCUUCAAACACUACCACUACCGAACUACGAAAUGGUGUCGACAUCACAGCCACCGGCGCUGCCAACUCAAACACACAACUAUCCUCACGACAUCCGAAUGAUACCAAAAGAUGCAUACUUCCACGACAUAUCCAACAGGAAGAACGAUCCCUAUAAAACGAUCGACAAUGGACUUCCGUACUUACCGGGUCAGUACGAUUACGAGCCCGGUCCCGUCCAAAAUCAAAUUCGAGGUCGGAACAGGAAUCCCAUCUACCAGACGGGAGUGUUUAGCGCCAUGAUGCAGGAUCACAUCAUAAGAGAGAUUGAAAGAAUCCCUCACAAAUACGGCGACCGGCUCGAUCAAGACACGGAAAUAGAAAUAGCGAACAGAGGACACUAUCGCGGCUACGACAACGACCCGAGUAUGUACUACACGGAACAUAGUCUACACGGACUGCAGUCGCUCGCUAUCAACACCAACAUUACGGAGACGCACAGUCAGGCGGACAGAGAAAGCCAUAACGAUUCAGGAUACAGCACCAAAGUGUACGGCAGUUCACAGGGCCCUUCGCCAAGUCUAUCGGGGCCCCCUGACGACAAAGAUAGGGCGACGUUAGGGGCCUCUAGCUUGGUUUGACAAAUCAUGACAUGGGGCUAUUUAAGUCCCCAUGUCAUAAACAUUUUGCUUAUCAUCCCGCACAGCACCGACACUCACAAAAUAAAGGUAUUGACAUCCGCACGAACUUAAAGUACAAAUAUCUAUCACAAGAUGUAUGCCAUGUAUCGCACUAAGUUAAUAUACCCUUCGGGACGGACUGAGAUUGAGCUUUGUAUGUUUUGUUUUUUACUUCAUUAAUUUCUGUCCGAGUGACGUAGUUCUAAGAGUGUUUGAAUUUUGUUAUAUACUUAAUAUUUAUUUGUAUUUGCAUCUUUCGUAUGUUUGUAAUGAUUUGAUAUAAUAAAUGCACUUUGAAAGUGACACAAUUA